CACUUUAUUUAUAAUUGGUUGAAUGAUAUAUUAAUAAGUAAAUAAAUAAAAACAACUCAAAAUUAAGGGCUAGAGAAAAGAAUUAACUCUGGCCUUAAGUAAUUCAGACAAGUCUCUAACAAUGGAGGUUGAUCAAUUCGCAGCAGAUUGGACGUAUCCCGGCGAAGGUUCGCGGUUGCCUCUCAUUGAUGAGUCGUCAGCUCUAGGCCCUCAACCACCGAAAGACAGACUCAUUGCUGUUCUGGACCAAGUGGAGAUGCGUGUAGAGCGACUGCGACGUGACACAGUGCGCAUCGAGGAAGAAAGGGACUCCCUACUCUCCACAUUGGAUAGCGUCAAGCAUUCAGACCUGCUAAACGAUGUCACCGAAUGCGACAAGGAUGACAUAAUGCGAUACGCUGAACGGAUCCUGGCGCGGGCGAUGACCGUCGAGGUGGCAGUAAGGACCGACCGGGAUUCGCAACAGGAGGAGGCACUGCAUCAAGUAAACAUGUACAUAGAUCAACUGGUAGUGUCUGUACAAGAAGACGCAGUGGUUGCACACACGCGUUGUCAGAUGUAUAUGAAUGCAUGCACCUCACAGCCGGACCCCAGCACCGGUACCGACAAGAACUUCGAGACCGCCAUCCUGGGCUGUACGCUGGACGACCAGAAACGGGUCAAGAAACGUCUUCAGGGCCUCCUAGAUUAUUUUGCCAAGUUGAACGUUACUACGUGUUCGUGAGUCGAGGACUUGAUUCGUAACAAGCUUGUCAUACGCUGAGUGUUCUUUGUUUAUAUUGCCAGCCUCUUAUUUGUGCAGCGUUGGACCACCGACAGUGAUACGUUUUCCUUCUAAUUGCCUAUUAGUGUUGCGUUCAAGUGAUCUAGGUUACUAAUUGUACAUUAUCUAUUACUUUCGUCUUUGGUAUAGUCUAAUAUAAAAUUAGUUGAUUUAAUUUUGUAUAAGUAAAUAUAAUUAAAUUGCUCGAGAUAUAUAACGGCAGUAUAGAAUAAUAGUUGAACAUAUUUCACUGUAUUUAGUGCAUAUCUUUAAAUUACAAUUGUGUAAAAAAAACUACUAUUGCAACAAAGUUGACAUGCAAAUAGCCUAAUUUUCUCAUCAAAAUUAUAUUAGAAAUAUUUGGCUAUAAGUUUCAUUCAGUGGUAAAUUAUAAGUGAUAAUGUUAGUGUACAUGAAUGUAUUAUUAAAUAGAUUGAAACUAUUUAUAACUUAGAUUUGUGUGCACAGACACGGAUUAUUUGUGUGU